AAUUUCUCUUGCUGGUCCACCCUAUAAAUUUUCUUAAACUAUGAGUCAAGUCUACUGUUACUACUAAUGUGUAAUGGAGAAAGUAGUUCUGUAGUAAAAAAGACCUUUUUUUUUUUUUUUACCUUCUUCCGUACCAUAAUUUUUUAAUUUUUUUGAAUUAAACUACUCGUAUAUGCUUGAUUGAAUACAACAAAGGACUGGCCCUCCAAAAAAAAUUAUAAAAAUACAAGGACCGAAAACAUUACAUAUACGGAGUACUAUGUCCGUAUUUUCAAAGGACCCCAAUUCGUCAGUUUUGAAGAUUUAUAUCCGUUAAAAACGGAUUCGGGUCGAGACCAGCUGACCAGAUUCACUGCCAAUCCCUAAUAUUGUAGUUGUGGUUCACUGCGUCUUUAAAAUUUCCACACCUUCACCAAAACACAAGGAAAAUGGUAAGUGAGUUGUGCUUCAGUAUUUACACACCAAUCAAACUUGCUUGACCAAAACACAGAGAAAAAGGGAAAGAGUGAGAGUGAGAGUGAGAGUGAGCUGUGCUUCUUCAAUAUUUCCACACCAAACUUGCUUGACCAAAUUAAACACAUAGAAAAAGCAAAAGAGUGAGUGAGAUCAGAGUGAGUGAGCUAGAGUGAGAGUGAUAGUGAGAUGGAUCCUUCAACACUUCUAACUCUGGCACAGACCAUAAUUCAAGUACUAGAGUCUUCCUUUGUUGAGGAAUUAAGGUCAGUUGGUAGGUUCAGAUCUGAAGUUGAAAAACUCAAAAGCACCAUGUCUACUAUCAAUGCUGUGUUGAUUGAUGCAGAAGAGCAGGAGAUGCAACUAGUUCCGAGACGAAAUGUGGAACGCGAUUGGCUAGAAAAGCUCAGAGAUGUUGUUUAUGAGGCAGAUGAUCUGUUUGACAGGAUUGCCUCCGUAGCUCAACGCAAAAGGCUCAUGUCAACAUGUGAUACGCUAAAAGAGGUUCUCCUUUUCUACUCUCGUUCUAACCAGUUGGCUUUUGCUCGUAAUGCAUCUCGGGAGGUCAAGAUGAUUAGGGAGAGGCUUGAUAGCAUUUCCAAGGAUCAUCGCGACUUUUUUCCUGGCCCCCCAUGGGCUAGUGGUCAAGGGAGAGUAGUGGCAAAGAGGAGGGAGGAAAGUCAUUCUUUUGUUUAUGCUCAGGAUGUUAUUGGAAGAGAUGCGGAUAAGGAGGCAAUCAUAUACAUGUUGCUCAAUUUCUGUGAUCAACCACCCGCUCCUUGUCAUAAAAAAUCGGCUCCACAUGAUGGACCAGCUCCCUGUGAUAAACCACCGGCUCCCCGUGAUCAACCACCAGCUCCCUGUGACAACAAAUCGGCUCCACGUGAUAAAAAACCGGCUCCUCGUGAUGAACCAUCACUGUCUCCAUCAGAUAAAAUGGUUAUGUGUGAUAAACCGAAAUCCAGUCCCGCUCAUUUUGUCACAUUAGUAGGGAUUGGUGGUUUAGGAAAAACUACACUUGCUCAGUCAUUCUAUCAUGACUAUAGAAUCGUUGCUAAAUUUCCAUUGAGGAUGUGGGUUUGUGUUUCUGAUGAAUUUAACCUCAGAGAUAUUCUCUGUAAACUUCUCAAUUCAACCAGAACUCAACAUCUUGAAGUUGAAGAGCUCCAACACCGAGUUAGGCAGAAGAUUGAUAAGGAAAGAUACUUGCUUGUUUUGGAUGAUGUAUGGAAUGAGGAUCGUCAUGAAUGGCUUAAACUUGAGAAUUUGUUGGUUGGUGGUGAAAAGGGAAGUAGUGUUGUGGUCACUUCACGCUCCAAAAGGGUGGCGGCGAUAAUAGGAGAUGGUCUAUCUCAUGAAUUAAAGGGCCUCUCUCCAAAAGAUUCAUGGAGUUUGUUUGAGAAAAUGGCAUUUAGAAAUGAAAAGGAGCGGAUGGAUGACGACCUCAUCGACAUUGGACAACAUGUUCUUAAGAAGUGUGCCAAUGUUCCCCUUGCAAUAAGGGUUGUUGGAAGUCUUCUUUAUGGUCAGACUAAAAGCACUUGGCAGACAUUCAGAAAUCUAGAUUUGAUAAACAUGAAAAGGGAUGAUAAAGAUGGUGUAUUGCCAAUUUUGAAGCUAAGUUAUCAUCAUCUUACCUUGCAAUUGAAGAAUUGCUUCAAUUAUUGUGUCUUAUUUCCUAAGAAUUAUUGGAUAGAGAAGGAGAUCUUGGUAAAUCUAUGGGUGGCAUACGGUUUCUUAUCACCUUCAGAGGGUCAAAGAGUUCAAGAUGCUGCAGAGGAGUGCUUUAUGAUUCUUUUGCAAAGGUGUUUUUUUCAAGAUGCUAUUAGGGACGACAAUGGUGAAAUUGUGAAGUGCAAGCUUCACGAUCUGAUGCAUGAUGUUGCUCAAGAAGCAGUAGGCAGGGACAUAUUGGUUGUAGAUAAUGUGAGCGAGUUGAAGAAAAAAAUUAGACACUUAUCCUUCAGUAGAUUGGAUCUCGGAAAUAGUUCAAGCUCUUUCAGCGAGAUAGAAAAUAUACGCACACUAUUUAAGCUGCAGCGUACUUAUUCUGUAGCCGGAACUAGGGAGAUUAGAGAAUUUCUUAAAAAGGCAAGAUACUUGAGGGUAUUAUGUUUAACUCGGGAGAUCAAAACCUUACCGAAGGCAAUAGAUAAACUAAUUCACUUGAGAUAUCUUGACCUGUCUCAUAACCAUGAGUUAGAGUUUCUCCCUGCAACGCUAUGCAAGCUGAAUAACUUGCAGACCUUAAUACUAAAACAGUGCUUGAAUUUAAAAGAGCUGCCAACGAAGUUAAGCAAUUUAGAGAAACUGAGGUGCUUGGAUAUUGAAGGUUGUAGGCUGGAUCAUAUGCCUCCGAGGUUUAGUAACUUAACAUGCCUUGAAAAGUUAACGCAGUUUGUUGUUAGCCACAGUCAAGUUGGACAGGCAAAUAGAGGAACACUUCAAGACUUGGAAGCACUUACAAAUGUUGGAGGCACUCUUACUAUAAGAGUCCAUGGAUUUUCAACAUGUCAGGUCACCAAAGGAGCUAAAUAUGUCAGUGGCAUGACACAUCUGAAAGGUUUACAUAUAGAAUUAAGUUGUCUCCUCAACGAUGAUGCAAGUUCGACAUUAUUGCUAGAAUGCCUUCAGCCCAGUCGUAAUGUUAAACAUUUCAAUCUAUCUGGGUAUGAAGGUGUGGCAUUUCCAAAAUGGGAGUCAAUUGAAGAUUUGAAGCCAUCACUUCCAAAUCUGGUAGAACUCUCCCUUAGUGAUUGUUCCAACUUGCAAUAUCUUCCUUUAUUGAGCCAACUUCGUCAUUUGAAAACUCUUAACCUCAUUAAUUUGGCUAAUCUGGAAGACAUAGAGAAUUGUGAUGGUGAACAGGAUCAUCAGCCAGUGUUCUUUCCGGACUUGGAAAAGCUCUAUUUAGUGGAUUUGCAAAAAUUGAAGAGAUGGCAAAAAUCCCCCUCAGAGUCAAAAGUGACGAGCUUAGAUUAUGUUCGUAGCCCAGUUGCUAAUACAUUUCCUUGUCUCAUUGAUCUAAACAUCAGGGGAUGCCCUUACAUGACCUCCAUUCCUCUCGCUUCAAGUGUCAGAAGUUUGAUUCUUUCCCUUGAUGCCCCCUAUUCUGAAUCAUUUAUGAUGAGUUCAUGCUGCUUGACUGGUUCUGGUGAGCUAACCAUAAAAUUUUGCAACAAUGAAGAUCUCAAAAGCUUAUCUAUAGUCGAAGAGCUAUUUCGGAGUCAUCUGUCCACCUCCCUUUGUUCCCUGCAUAUUAAGGGAUGGCCCUACUUAACGAGCCUUUGUGGGGGAGGAUUGGAGCAUCUCACUGCGCUGCAGACUCUUCAUUUAUCGGGACUUCGUGAUCUAGAAGAGCUAGAGGAUGGCAAUCAUAGUCAUCUACCUUGGAAAUUCCUUACCAAUCUCCGUGACCUGGAACUACUAAAUCUUCCGAAGCUUGUGUACCUUCCACAAGGGAUCCAGCACUUAGUAGCCCUUCAAUACCUCCGUGUCGAAGAAUGUCCUGGGUUUAAACUCUCGGCAAAGUGUGCAUCUCGUUUAACAUCUGUCAAAUUUCUUUUUAUAUAUCGGUGCGAUGGUUUGAAUUCAUUGCCUAAAGCAGCACUGUCAGGACUUCCUUCUCUUGAACAAGUUGAGAUCAAAAAUUGUGAGCUUCUCGAAGAUUGGGUCUACGAACUGUCGCCACUUCCUCCACGGCGUUUUUAGACCCUUGAGUCCAACUCCAAAUCCAAGAAUGAGUCCUAGAAAUCAAGCAGGCUGCAAAUAACUAUAGGUGCGCUUCAGAGGGGACAACUGACAAACCCCAACAAGAGUAAGAUGGAAUUGCUGUACAGCCGACUAGCGUGUAAGUUAUGCAAUUGGUAUGUAUAAGAUGGAAGUAUAUCGUUAGUUAUUAAAACACGGAGGGAGUAUGUAAUUUUUUUGAAACAGGAGGGAGUAUGUAAUUUUUUGUACUUUUUUAUUGGAUUUGGUUUUAGUGUUGCUAAUAAAUGAGUUAUAGAUCUAUUAUUGAAUGACUUCAAUGUUUCUUUAGUUUCUAAAUAGGUUAGGCCAUAGCAAGAUGAUCUUAAUCCAAAACGAUAGAAGAAGAAUUUGGUGAAAUACCCGCUGAAGGAUUUAGUAGACCCAUGUCUGAAAUUUUUAAACAACUCAACAAAAAAGUUUCUUGAUUCUCUUAUUAGUGUUCGCUCUGAAAACAGGGUUUCUAUCAAAUAAAUUCCAUGGUAAUAUCUGCAACUUUUUUUUUGUUUUUGAUUUCACAGUUUUCGGUGCUUUUUAGCUCAAUUGUAAUCAAUUGAUGCUAGUUUAGUCUAUUAGACAUGGGUAUGUGUCCAAGAGUUGGAUUUGGCUAUUUAUUUUUAUAGAAAUGUCACAUUGAGGAUUCGACACGGGUACUUGAGGUUGAUUGAAGAGUUGGAGUAAUGUAGGUGUUUGAUUGGUCAACUUGAUAUUUCUUCAAAAUUAUCAGUUAUAAUGGUGCUACACUUGUUUGGUCUGUUAAUGAUUGUUUUUUGUUAGACUGUCGGGUAAUGUGUCUACUUAAUGGGGAUUAGGAUUGAUGGCGUGUUUUAUGUUUGAGUAAUAAUGAUGAUAAUUUAUGAAUUUUGUGCUUAAUAUGCUGCUUAGUUGGUGUUUUGCACUAUUACAGGCUGCGAAUCGAAUCAUGAACUUACAUGCUCCAGGUGACCAGAAUGGUUGGGCAAGGUUCGGAAUAUCACAUUCUCACCUGAUGGCACGUCUGUAAUUGUUGUUUGUCGCAUUACACUCCAUGGGACGGAUGCUGAGGUAUUGCUCAAGAACAUUAAGCAACUUUAGUUCGAAUGAGUGGCAAGAAGUGACCCAUGGAAGAUAAUUGAGGCUUCAAGAUUUGGGUUGGGCGUUUAGUGCUGUUUGUGUUUGGUGGAGUUGAUGCCUCAUUUGUUACAAUUGUUAGAUGUCUAUUUCCUAUGAUGUUGGAACUAGCAGCCUUGGAAAAAUCAAGUUUCAGAAAGGAUGAUCAUAGUUGAGAAUUUGUUAGUUUAUACUAAUAUUUUCGUAAAAGUACUUUGAACUUUGAAGAAGUGAAAUUAGACGGUUGAAUGUAGCUAUUGACUAUUGUGUUA